ACUACCUUCCACCCAAUCCAAUAAUUUCUACCUAACACGUUAACUUUGAAGGAGAAAUUUGUGCCGCUCCAAGCCGCUAAUUCAGCUCUCAUUUUAGCUGUUGCUACGGUUGUCUUGCGGCUUUUACACCACAGCUCCAACAGACAAACAGAUCAGAGUUGCAAAACAAAAUAGCCGGGGACGGAAGGUAACGUGAUUCUCUAGCAAAAUGGCGGAUGCACUUGUUUCUGCAGUCUUAGAGAAGCUAACAACAAUCAUCUUGGAGGAAGCAAGGCAAAAGGCGAGACUAAUAGAGGGUGCACAGGAGGAAAUUGACAAGAUUAGAAGCAAUCUCGAGUCUGUCCAUGCUCUCCUUGAUGAUGCAGAGGAAAGGGAGACAAGGGACAAAAGUAUCAAACUUUGGUUACAUCGGCUUAAAGAAGCAUCUAUUGACAUGGAGGACGUGUUGGAUGAGUGGAAUACUGCACUUUUGAAGUGGAAAAUGAAUAAAGCUCAAAAUUCUGUGUCUGUCCUCCAGAAAAAGGUGUGUCAUUUUAUCUCUUGUUUUUGCUCUCGACCAGUUGUUAAGCUCCAUGGUGUUGCUGUUCAAAUAAAAAAAAUCAAUGGAAGAUUAGAUGAGAUUGCUAAACAGAAAGAUAGGUAUAGUUUUGUGUCAAGGGAAAUUAGACAGCCUCAAAUUCAACCAGAAAGAGAAACCACGUCUUUCACUGAUGGUUCUGUCAUCUAUGGACGAGAUGAGGGAUGGGAGGUAUUGGCAAGACAGCUCUUGCACAAAUCCUCUACAAUGAUGAUCAAAUUAAGGCACACUUUGACAAGAGGGUUUGGCCGUGUCUCUGAUCUCUUUGAUGAGGCCAGAGUUGCAAGAGCAAUCAUCAUUGAACUUGAAGGUCAGGCUCAUAGUUCGGUGUUUCUCUUAAACUCACUACCACUUCAGAGCCUCUUAAAAAGAAUUUGUGAUUCCUUAGGAGGAAAGAAAUUCUUUCUGGUUUUAGAUGAUGUGUGGACAGAGGACGAUGAAAGUUGGGAUUCACUGAAACAAAGUUUUAAACAUGGAGCUCCUGGAAGUAGGAUUUUGGUGACCACUCGCAAGGACACAGUUGUAGAGAUAAUGGAAUCCUCCCAUGUUUUCCGUCUGGAAGAGCUGUCUCAAGAGGUGUGUUGGUCCAUACUUAGCCAAAUAGCAUUAAUCAAUAGGGACAAGAAACAAUGUUCAGAUUUGAAUGACAUUGGGUGGAAGAUUGCCAAGAAGUGUAAAGGACUGCCACUUGCUGCAAAGACCUUAGGGAGUUUGUUGCGAUAUAAGAGAACAAGAGAAGAGUGGAAAGAUGUUCUAGACAAUGAAAUAUGGGCAUCAGAAAUGAUACAGAAAGAUAUCUUUGCACCUCUUUUGUUGAGUUAUUAUGAUUUACCCUCAGUAAUAAGACAAUGCUUUUUGUAUUCCGCUAUCUUUCCAAAGGAUUUUGAAAUAUGGAGGUAUCUUGUAAUCCAACAUUGGAUGGCUCAAGGUUAUCUGAAUUCUAGUGCCAAUGCAUUGAUGGAAUUAGUAGGCAGAGAGUAUUUUGAUUAUUUGACAGCUCGCUGCUUCUUCCAAGAUUUUGGAAAACUUGAAGAUGGUUGCCGUCGUCUUGAAGAACUACCGGCUGGGAUUGGGAAAUUGAUCAACUUGAGGUUUUUCCGUGCCGCAGGUUGCUUUGAUCUAACUUGGUACCCAAAAUCAAUGGGGGGAUUAGCUUCUCUCAGGGAGUUGGUUGAGGUUAACAUCAGGGUUGAUCACAAUGAUCCUAAAGAAUUUUGUAUUGGUGAUCUAGAAAAAUUGCGCCACCUUCGUCGGCUUUGGGUGAAGUUCGUUGGAUAUACCAUAGAUGCAGAUGAGGUUAGGAGAGCAAGACUUCAUGAGAAGAUCCAUUUGCAAGAGAUGAAGAUUGAUUUGGAUCAAAACAUGGACGAAGCUUGUGCAGUUGAAACCUUAAACCCACCUCCCAACCUAAAUGUUCAGUUUUGGACUAGCUACACCGACUGGUAUUACUAGCUAGUCCAAGAAGGGAUGUGAAUUUUAUCAAGCAACAAGGAGACACUUACAUUGAUCAUGAUGAAUAAUUGGGAUUGUCUUUCGUGGUCUGUAAUUGAUGCUUAUUCUCUUUACUUUCUUCAUGUUGGUUCACGUUUGGAUCCUGUUUGUUUUCGUGUUGGUUUUAUGUUCUAUUUGCCUUUUUUUUCUUGUUGGUUCAUAUUUGGAUUCCAUCAUGUGGGGUUGAUUCUGUCCGGUAAAGUGUUAAUAAAAAAAUUUUAAUUAA